AGCUCGUCUCUAUCUGCGACCACUGCAAGAUCAAGAUGCAACUGGUGGCCGAUCUGCUUCUGCUGUCGAGCGAGACCAGGCCGGUGAACACCGAGAGCCUGUCUGUCUUCGGUGAGUCUUUCGAGAAGUGCAGGGACACGAUCAUUGCCAGGACCAAAGGACUCUCCAUCUUGACCCAUGACGUCCAGAGCCAGCUCAAUAUGGGACGCUUCGGGGAGGUGGGGGAAAGCCUGAUGGAGAUGGGGGAGCUGGUGGUCUCCCUGACCGAAUGCUCUGCCCACGCUGCCUACCUGGCUGCAGUGGAGACUCCAGGGGCCCAGCCUGCUAUGCCUGGCUUGGUGGAUCGCUACAAGGUGACCCGAUGUAGGCAUGAGGUGGAGCACGGCUGCGGGGUCUUGAAGACCACCCCUUUGGCAGAUAUGAGCCCUCAGCUCUUGCUGGAGGUUUCUCAGAACAUGUCCAAGAACUUGAAAUUCCUGACAGACGCCUGUGUGCUGGCCAGUGAGAAAUCCAAGGAUAAAUUUGCUAAGGAGCAGUUCAAACUCAGUGUCAAAUGUAUGAGCACCAGCGCCUCUGCCCUCCUGGCAUGUGUCAAGGAGGUCAAGACUUCACCCAGCGAGCUGACCAGGAACCGGUGUGUCUUGUUCAGUGGACCUUUGGUGCAGUCUGUCUAUGCUCUGGUGGGCUUUGCCACUGAGCCCCAGUUUUUGGGUAAAGCUGCCACCAUUAAUCCAGAGGGCAAAGCUGUGCAAACUGCCAUCCUAGGAGGAGCCAUGAGUGUGGUAUCUGCUUGUGUGCUCCUGACCCAAUGCCUCAGGGAUAUAGCCCAACACCCCGAAAGUAGCACCAAAAUGAGCGAUUACAGGGAAAGGUUGAGGAACUCAGCUUGCGCCGUCUCGGAUGGUUGCAACCUGUUAUCUCAGGCACUAAGAGAAAGAUCUUCACCCAGGACUUUACCGCCAGUGAACUCCAAUUCUGUGAAUUAACCUCUACAUCUUCUGUUUAGAUCCCAGUUGUUGCUAAAGGAAAAUAAUAUCCCACCUCCUCACCCCUUUUUGUAUACCAAAGAAUUUGCUUGGAUGAGCCCAAUCCUUUGAUUUCAUGUGGUGAAGAAGCAGAACGGCAUAUUCAAACUAUAAGUACUAAUAAAGGUAGCCAGUUUUGGCUUCUUUUUAUUUUACUUUAAAGUCAAGCAAGUAUCUGCAGAUAAAAUUUCCUUUAUUCAACAAGGUCUUCACACAAAUGGUAAUAACAGCUGUUUAAAAAGUUUGUUUUUAUAUUUGGGGAGGUGGGAGUAUCUUAAAAAAAGGGAAAAAAAAAAAAGCUUUAAUCGCGCUGGGUGCGGUUUUUAAAGUUUGUCUUUUCUUGUCUUCCGAAGUUUCCCUUCUAAAUUUUACUGUUCAGUUGUGCAGGAAAAAGGUUACCUCAGUUCUCACUCAUUUAAAAAAAAAAAAGACAAAAAAAACCCAACAACACAUAGAUGAUGGAUGUAGCUACUAUUUUGUUUGUUUUUGUUUUGUAUGACUUUUUUUAUUUUGCAUCAAGUGUUAGGUUAGAAGUGCAUUUGGUGUGUAGGAGUGGAAGGACUGGAGGUUGUGAUUAUGUUUUCCAUGUGUUGAUUUCCAAACUGGGGGAAAAGCUACUGUGAGUGUUUAAACAAACAAACAAAAAAAUUACACUAUAACAAAAGUGAUUUUUAAUUUUUUUCCAAUGUCAGUUUUUAUCUUGCAUGUACUGGAGUAUUUAUUUCAUCUAUUAAAAUGUUAUGUUUCUCA